ACCUAGCAUUUCACUGUGCGUUGGCAAUGUGGUGUGGGGUGGGGGGAUCUUCUCGUCUAAACGUGUUGGAAUUGAUUUUUGAAAUCGCGAAGAUAAGCAAAGAAGUAGUCAUGAUGACAACCUUUUAUAACCUGAUCAUCGCGGUGACACAGGGCCAUGUCCUGUUUGAGCUUGCAGUCGCGAGACAUCGCUACUUUACACCGAUGUAGUUUUCAUUAGUUGGAGGAGCAGAUUUCGAACCUUUAUGUGUCUCUUGUGAGGAAAUGGCGAUUAUAUUGUAAGUAUUCAACGAAGGCCUCGUGCAUGUCGAAGCCGAGUUUGUCCCAAGAUGUACGUUGGACUGCCAAAUGGCCGGGUGCACUGGAGACAAGACGCUGGCGUCUUUAGUUGGCUGCAGAUAUAGAUGUGAAGGUUUGAGGAAUUGAAGAGAAACAGUGCAUAGUGUUAGGGGUUGAAAAAUCGAAGCCGUCCAUUUGGAUUCACGAAAGAGCAUGGUUCAAUAACCAUGUGCGCAGCCAUCUUAGUCUGCUUCUUUGUGUUGGAGGAUUUUUUUGAGCAAAUAUGUUUGUACCGACAUAAACAUGAGGCGAUAUUAAUUUCUUCUGACAACACGGAUAUCUUGACCUUUCACGCCACUCUUCGGAGGCUUCUUCCGUGAUUGACUGAAUGGCGACUGUUUAUGGUAGGAUUGAUACUGGAAGUGAAUUAUCUCCCCGAUCGAGGAAAAGAAGGAUUUAUGUGGGAAACGAGGGCGUCGACAGAACAAAGCAAGAGUCUGUGUACGCUGAAGCCAUGGGAAUUCCCUUGUUGGAGCGCCUUCACCAGUUAGAGCAACAUAUGGCUGUUCUGGAGCAGGAUUACAAUCCAAAGGGCCUCGCUGUAGAUUUGCGGUCGCCAACGUCACCGUCUUCGAUAUUUAGUUCUCCUAGCACUCCUUCAAGCUUAGAGAGGCGAUGUCGGCCAGCGAAGACCGUUUUGUUAGAAGCAGAGGCAAAAGGCACAUUAGUAGAACGUAUUCAAAGGCUGGAAAUACGAAUCGGCCAGCAUAGUAUGUACCUUGAGAAAGCUUUCUCAUCAAGGCGAUUAUCUUCCAGUCAAUUUGGGGCAAAAUGUACGGAGUGCGACCACCGAGAAGAUUCCGAGAAUAUGAGGCUCUCUUUGUAUAAGAAUUAUUGCAGUCAAUUGCAAGAGAAUGAGAACCCCCAAGAUGUUUCUACCAAUGAUAAGAAACUUAAGGUUCCUCCUGUUGAAAAUUCUCCAUCUAAAGAAAACGAUACAGAAGAGCUGAGGGGGGUGACAGAGGACUUGGCAACUGGAGAACUGUUUCAGGGACCUGAAGAUAUAACUUCGACUUUACCAACUGUAAAGGCACGAACAGAGGCAGCCUGCCUAAGAGAUAAAGUCAUCAAUGAAAGUUCCGAGGCGGAAGCUGCAGGCAAGAGAAUGCAUGACGAAAAUGGGUUGGCAACGGAUUUAGAAUCGACCAAAAAUACCUCAAAAAGUGUAGAAAUGACACAUAUUGAUGUACACAAUGACAAUCGUACAAAUGAAGAGCAGCCUGUGCGGGCGAAACAUACUGCCGAGCUUGUUCAAAAUGUGUAUUCCAGGAAAGAGGAUGGAGCAUUAUCGAAGAGCCUUAUUCAUUUCCGCAGUGUCGAUAAUACCUCGGACAUGUUCGAAAGUGUAAAGAGUCUUCGUAACGAAAAGACGAACGAAAGACUCAAUGAAGUUUAUCCCGAACUAGCACUGGUUCCCGCACCACUGCCAGAGUAUGCAACGCAGGUGAGUCCAUCCAUGAAAAAUGAAAUGAGGAGAAAACAUAGCUUCAAGCACAUUCGAGAAAGGAUCAACGCUUCUUUGGUUACAAAGAAGCAUCAGCAAUAGAAGGUGGUACUCGAUCACACAGAUUUGGUUCAGCAAAAAAAGCCACCGAAGGUACUGCUCGACCACACAAGUUUAGUUCUAUAUGAAAACUUCAGAGCUUCCUAGAGAUUCUCUUGUACUUAUCUAGUGUACAUUAUCGUAACAAUUCAUAUGGUAGGAACUUUUAAAAAAAAAAAAAAAAAAAAAAUGAAAAUGCUCAGGCAGAAAAAUGAUCUAAUUUCUACUAAUCGGUGCCCAUCUAAUGUAAUAUACGACUCUAAAACAGAGGGUAAAAUUACAGACCAGUCCACCUGCUUGCACCAAUUACUAGUUUCUUCAUGGUUUCUGGAACUUAAGCUUUGUUCUAGGUGGUCAAGGAAAUUAUUGGUUGGUAGCAAACACCCGAGCACAUUAAAAUGUGAGUAUAUGAAACACAUUCAAUCCAGACAUGCCGAGAGCAGAGCGAGGACACCAAUUACUAGGCAUUCAUGCCAUUGUAUUUUUUAUUUGGGUCACUUCAUUUCCUCUUUCAGUAUCUUUUUUCAUAUCUGGCUCUCAUCCAGACAGAGUGAGGCUGAUCUGUAAGUAGUCCACACUUCAGUUCCUCGAAAGGAACAUUACAUGAAAUAAAAAAAUCCGGAAACAAAGGUGUUUGUUCAUGGCAGGCACCACCUGAUUCGAUGAUAA